AUACUUUCUCUCUCUUUAGACCUCCCUCCAAUUCCCAUUUCUCGCUAUUUUUCUUUCACUUUCUUGGCUGAUUUUCCUGGAAAAAAACAUCUUAAACCAUUACCUCAAACACCACUGAAACAAAUAUUUGAUGUUAUAUAUUAUAUGACCCUUUUUGAAUUGAUAAUGUUCAGAUCUGUGGAUCUUCUCAACACUCAAACGCUUAAAAUGAUGAGAUCUUAGCCUGAGAAUAUUAUCAAAGAGAGAGAGAGAGAGAAUAAGCUCGUGACAAAAAAAUCCGAAGAGUUCAUUUUUUCAUCCUCGCCGCCAUUGCUGUUCUACAGUGAGCUUCGACAGUUGACACCUGUUAUCCAAAUUCAGCAAAGUCAUCACUGCAACAUACUCAGGCUUUUUUGGUCUAUCAUCAUAGCUCUGCAACUGUUUCGCUUCAGACACAAAAGAAAGAGAGAGAGAGAGAGAGAGAGAGAGAGAGAGAGAGAGAGAGAGAGCUUAAUUAGGGCUUUAGCUGGAGUCCAUUUGUCUCUCACCGCCGACUAUAUCUUCUUCUCCGGUGGAUCCUUUGAGCUUUGAGCUAAACCUUCAAAGCAUGAGAGUAGCCUUUCAAUGGAGGUCGACGACGACAUUGAUGCACAACAACAAACAAGCAGAAAGCUACAGAGAAUCUCCUCAGACAACGACAAAAACGGGAUGAGAGACUGGAACAAUCCAUCUUCAAGAAUCAUUAGGGUUUCUCGAGCAUCCGGUGGCAAAGACCGACACAGCAAAGUCUUGACCUCAAAAGGGCUUAGAGACCGGAGGAUACGUCUCUCCGUCGCAACAGCAAUCCAGUUCUACGAUCUCCAAGACCGUCUUGGCUUCGACCAGCCCAGCAAAGCCGUUGAAUGGCUAAUCAACGCGGCUGCCGACUCCAUCUCCGAGUUGCCUCCGAUCAACACAAGUUUCGACCAGGCGCUCUCGCUGUCUAAAUCGGCUUGUAGCAGUGGCACAUCUGAGAGCUCGCUGUUGUCUUUGUCGAGGACAGAGAGUCGUGGUAAAGCGAGAGAGAGAGCUAGAGAGAGAACAGCGACGGACAAAGACAAAGACUUGCAAAAUGCUCAAAGCUCUUUCACUCAGCUUCUCACCGGCGGUUUUGACGAACCGAACCGGAAUUGGAUCGGUGGUUCUUCUUCUGAUUGUUUCACCCCGGUUCAGCUCAUACCGAGCCCAUCCUCCUCCUCCUCUCUACACCACUACAACAACAGUAAUCAUCGACAAGAGACAUCAUUGAACCAUCAUCAGAAUCAUUUCUCGUUUGUUCCGGAUUACAACUUUGGAAUCUCUUCUUCUGAUUCUCCCGGAGCAGCCGCCGUUAAUGGAGGUUGCUACACUAGUAGGGGGACCCUUCAGUCCAAUUCACACUCUCUCUUUCUCAACAACAACAACGUUAAUCAAAGAGCUACACCUCCUCCUCUUGACCACCAUAAUCACCAGCUUCCAGCAACUUUUGACGGCCGGUUAUAUCUCUAUUACGGCGAAGGAAACCGGAGCUCCGACGAUAAAGGAAAGGAUGGGAGAUAGUAAAGAAAAGUUUCAUUAGUUCCAUCUUGCGGAAGAAAUUGACGAAAGACAGAUGUAUGUGCAGGCCGAACCUUAUCUUUUGAUCUUCCAUGGCAAUCAUAACCCUGAGUGGAUGUGUAACCUGUUCAGACUGCGAGGAAUGUGUUGUUGUUUGAUGAGAAAAUGUGUUAAUGUAACGAAAAUGUUUGUUUUGUUAUCUCAAAUAUAUUCAUCUUUCUGUGUUUUCAUUUAUUUGUCAUGUAAUUUGCAUAAAACUGGGACCAAGGUCCAAGGUCCAAGGUUUGUCUAGUCAUCCUCAUUCUGUUGACUACA